GUUUGAUUUUUGAUUUCUUAUUUUUCCACUUAAAAACAGAGCAUUAUUUGUGUUUUCUAUAAAUUUCAAAAUAAAUUGUUUAAUUCUAGGACGAAAUGUUCGAAAAAAGAACAGAGAAGAAACAAAAUGAUUCCAAACCUAGAGACGAUGGCGUUGAAUUGGAAAAUCAGUUUAUAUUAAGGAUUCCAGAGGAACCCGCAAAGCUUCUACAUGAAGCCCUUCUGUCUGGGAACCUUAAAGAUCGUCUUGCUAUUAAAAUGGAUAACGAUUUGCGUUAUGGUGAAGUGCGCUUCGAUCAUUGGCUGCUUCAUGCAAAGAUUGUUGAUUUACCAACAAUCAUUGAAUGUUUGAAAACCAUCGACAACAAAAGUUUCUAUAAAACUGCAGAUGUUUGCCAAAUUAUGAUUUGUAAAGAAGAACCCGAUGCCCCAGUUCCCGAGGAUGAAUCUCCGAACAAAGCUAAAAAGAAGGAUCCAAACAAGGUUGAUAAGAAAUUCCUUUGGCCCCAUGGCAUAACUCCACCAUGCAAGAACGUCCGAAAGCGCCGUUUUCGAAAAACUCUCAAAAAGAAAUACGUCGAAGCUCCGGAAAUUGAAAAGGAAGUAAAACGCCUUCUCCGCGUGGACAACGAUGCCGUUAAUGUUAAGUACGAGAUCAUCAAUGAGGACGACGAUAAGUCGGGGGCAAUGCUUAAUUCCAAAGAUCAAUCCACCGACAACGAAGAAACACUACAAGACGACAAACUACUUAACGACUCAAACAAAGACAUCAAUGUUGAAUCUGAUGGCGAAGAAGAAAGACCAUCGUCGAUGCCAAGUAAUAUGCGCGAUGUUGCCGAACAUGAUAUCUUUGGAGAGGAAGUCUCCUCUUCCGACGAAGAAGAUCGUCCAGUGCGCCGCGACAUUGAGGAAACAUCUCGUUUGUCAGCAGAUGACAGUCGCAUGUCAGAAGAGUAUUCAAUGUCUGGAACUCAUAACAACACCAAGGAUAUAGUCACUGAGUUUAACAAGUCCAUGUUCGGAAGCCCCAAAGACCCCUCCAAAUCAUUCGGAGGCUCCAAUUCAAGUCUAGCCGGUCCGAGUGGAUUUUAUGAGGAACAAAAACGAAAUGAUUCUGAUGACGAAUACUCCAAUGAAGCGCAAAUGACACGAGAACAAAUCACGUCUAAAAUAUCUGAGCUUCGGGGCCAGUGUGACGAUCUAAAGGUGCAACAGUCGCAGAAGUCCCAAGAGAUCUCUUCUAUACAAAACCCAACACUCAAACAACGAUUACAGGAAACCCUCGAGAAUUUGUUGAGUCAAAUAGUUGAAAAAGAAUUGGAAAUACAAGAUUAUCAAAAUAUGCUCUAAUAUUCUAUAUUGCACUAAUUUUUUCUAUUUUUAUUUAUUGUUUUAUUUUUAGCUAUACAUUAUAAUUUGUCGUAAUUUGUACAUAUACAGAAUUAUUACGGCGAUAAAAAAAAAAUUAAUAAAAAUACCAUUUCUAUUAUGAUAAUAAAUUAAGUAACCACCAGGAA